CUCACUCCCAUCACAAGGCACCACCAUUAUCACAACCAUGAAAAUCCCAUUUUCUCUCACCCCUCUAUUUCUCUGUCUCUUCAUCUCCCUAGUCCAAGGACAAACACAAACCCCAAAAUGUGACAUCCAAGAUCAUGGCUCAACCCUCAAAGUAUUCCAUGUCUUCAGCCAAUGUUCACCCUUCAAACCAUCAAAACCAAUGUCAUGGGAAGAAAGUGUCCUCCAGCUACAAGCUAAGGACCAACCAAGGAUGCAAUACUUGUCUAGCUUAGUUGCGGGGAGAUCGGUUGUUCCGGUCGCAUCCGCGAGACAGAUCAUUCAAAGUCCGACAUAUAUUGUGAAAGCUAAGAUUGGUACUCCUCCUCAAACUUUGCUCUUGGCUUUGGAUACUAGUAAUGAUGCUGCUUGGAUUCCUUGUACUGGUUGUCUUGGUUGCUCAACUUCGAAACCGUUUGCUCCUGCUAAGUCUACCACGUUUAAGAAUGUUGGAUGUGGUUCUCCUCAAUGCAAACAGGUACCCAACCCCACUUGCGGUGGAAGCGCGUGUGCAUUCAACUUCACCUAUGGUAGCUCCUCCAUAGCAGCUAGUGUGGUCCAAGACACACUUACCCUAGCUUCUGACCCAAUUCCAAGCUAUACUUUUGGCUGUGUUCAAAAAACAACUGGGAGUUCAGCACCACCACAGGGUUUAUUGGGCUUGGGCCGAGGCCCGUUGUCUCUCUUGGCCCAAACACAAAAUUUAUACCAAUCCACAUUCUCUUAUUGUUUGCCGAGCUUUAAAUCGCCUAACUUUAGUGGGUCGUUGAGACUUGGGCCUACGGCCCAGCCCAAGAGGAUUAGGUUUACACCACUUCUCCGAAAUCCUAGAAGAUCGUCACUCUAUUAUGUUAACUUGGUUGCUAUUAAAGUCGGUCGGAGAAUUGUCAAUAUCCCUCCGGAGGCCUUGGCCUUCAAUCCUACCACUGGUGCAGGCACCAUAUUUGACUCCGGUACUGUAUUCACUCGGCUAGUUGAACCGGUUUACACCGCCGUAAGAAAUGAGUUUCGUCGACGAGUUGGCCCAAAGCUCGUUGUGACAACCCUAGGAGGGUUCGACACAUGCUACAAUGUGCCAAUAGUUGCACCAAAUAUUACAUUCAUGUUCUCCGGUUUGAAUGUAACACUACCACCGGACAACACCCUCAUACACAGCACCGCCGGUAGCACCGCAUGUUUGGCCAUGGCGGCUGCGCCGGAUAAUGUGAACUCAGUGUUAAAUGUCAUAGCCAACAUGCAACAGCAAAAUCACCGUGUGCUAUUUGAUGUGCCCAACUCAAGACUCGGUGUUGCUCGUGAACUUUGCACCUAAUAAGUUGUUCUUGGUGAAGAUCAAUUUUCGUAGGAAUAAUAAUUUUGUGAAAUUGGGAUUGUGAUGUGAGUUAAUUAUUUGGGUAAUUUUUAGUAUUUUUAUAUUUAUCUUUAUAUGAAAUGGGUUUUGGCAUUGCUGAGAAUUUAUUGCUAACUAUUUAGUAAAAUACUAAGCUAUCAUAUGUAACGAAUUGUGAUAUGUAAGUUUGAAGUUUUUAUUUUGUAGCAUUGUAAUGGUAUGUACCAUGGGCAUGUAUCCCGUAAUUAAGUUGUUUUGAAAGAUGAUUAUUGAAUUUGCUAGAGUUUAAUUUAUUUUCUUGCA